AAACUUUGAGUUUGAUAUUGAACCAAUUUUUCUUUGAUGAAGAAGGAAAUAGUUAGUACUGGUUCUGAGAUUGGAGAAAUCUUUGUAGUCAACCAUGGAGAGUCUGCUGGGCAUCACUGCCAAGGACUGUGUGAUCAUCGCUGCUGACAGUACCACGGCACACAGCAUCAGCGUUAUGAAACACGACCAGAACAAAAUGUUUAAGCUGGGUAAAAAUAUGGCCAUGGUGAUCAGCGGAGAAGCUGGCGAUCCGUCAAUUUUCGGGGACUUCAUGCAGAAGAACCUUGCUCUCUACUCCAUCAAGAAUCAGUACUCCCUUGGUCCACAUGGUGCUGCACACUACAUUCGCCGCACAUUGGCUGAGAGCAUUCGAAGCAGGCGGCCAUAUGGUGUCCACUUGCUUUUGGCUGGAUGUUCAGAAGAUGAAGGAUCCUGUCUGUACUACAUGGACUACCUUGGGAGCUUAGCAAAGGUUCCGUUUGGUGCACAUGGGUACGGCGCCUAUUUCAGUCUCAGUAUCAUGGACCGCUUACACAAGAAAGAUUGCGAUCGUGAGGAAGCCAUUUCAAUAGUCCGUGAAUGCAUCAAGGAGAUCCAACAUCGACUGAUCAUCAAUCUUCCAUCGUUCAAGAUUUAUGCUGUCACCAAGGACAGCGUUGAAGAAAUUGAAGACCUCAGCAUGCAAGAAUAAGUUGUGUUCCUCUCCUUGUUCUUUUUUACUGCCACGAGUACUGGUACUUGUUUAUAAAGUUUGGUGGAUUCUAGCUGCCAUCAUUGUACAUAGCUGUAUUUCAUCAUUUCAUUACUUGUAUGUAUUCUCGUUCAUGACCAGUUGCACCUGUACAUUGACAAACCAUUCUCGUCCUCAUCAUUUUUUUUUAAAUAAUAUGAAUUGCAAUUCCACCCUAGGAAAUAGUGACACAUUUUGAACAUGUUCAACUGUAGUUCAUGCUGUUGCUGAAUUGUAUGUGUCAGCAGCAAAGUUGCCCGUUACCACAACAUGCAUUACUUAUUGUGGUGUAAUCCAGAGUAGUCAUGGAUUGUGUUGCUCAGGGAAGAUAAUUUUUAAAUCA